AUGGCGCCCCGGCGUUCACGAGCGCCGUCCGGCAGAGUGAUCAUCAGAACUAAGACUAACAUUUUCGAGCGCAAAAUCAAAGUCGUUACCGAACAAAAUGUCAUCGCAAUCAACAAACUUGCAAAUACUGAUGGUUCUGUUACCAGCGACAAACCCUCGCCCGUAGAGCAGUUCCCCAUGCGGGAAUGGAGCUUGAAGGUCUUUCUGCUAGAUGAAGAUGGCAACGAACGCCCUGCCGAUGUCUUCACCAAGGUUGUAUACAACCUUCACCCAACUUUCGAAAACCCGGUCCAGAGCUUCACAAAAGCCCCCUUCACGUGUAAGAACGAGGGCUGGGGCGAGUUCGAGAUCUCUAUUGACUGCUACACCACUGAGAAGACCAAGUUGGCUCCCAUCGUUCACGACCUCAACUUUCAGCGGGAGAGGUACGAGGAAGUGCACACCGUGACCUUCAAGAACCCCUCCCAGAGCUUGCAGGAACGUCUGCGCGAAACCGGUCCUCUUCCUACUGAUGAUGAUCAUCGUCCCAAGAAGAAGGGACUUGCAACCAAGAAGAGUUCUCAGAAAUUCGACUACGAGAAGAUCGCGGAAUCGCUGGAAAAGCUUGAGGAGGAGGAUCUACUACGUGUCAUCCAGAUCAUCAACGAAAACAAGGGACCAGACACAUAUAUUAGAAGUGAUGUCGAAGCCGGAGAGUUCUCAAUCGAUCUUUACACCAUGCCGGAUGGAUUGACAUCAAAGCUUUGGGAUCAUCUUUCCAAGAAGGGUCUUGUGAACUGA